AUGGCUGCUUCCCGAGCAGUCCAACGCCUUAAGGCAACUUACAACUUCCUCAAAACCCCCAUCAUCAUCUCGGCGCCUAUGCGCGUAUUCGCAGGUCCGGAUCUCGCAGUAGCAACAUCUCGCGCUGGCGGUCUCGGCUUCAUCGGCCCAGGUGGGGAUCCUACAGAUUUAGAUCCCAAGCUUGAGAAAGCACGGAGUCUACUGAAUCUGAAACCCGUCACCGUCUCUGACUCUACUCCUUUGGAUUCUCUAGAUGGUGACAACCUACCCAUCGGCGUAGGAUUUCAGGUUUUCGAUGGUGACCUCGAAGUCGCAGCUGCAACUAUACGCAAAUACAUGCCUGCCGCAGCAUGGCUAUUUGUUCCAGUAUCUGGCCAAUCUGAGUUAGAUGAGUGGACGUCGAGGAUUCGGAAAGAGUCACCUUCGACAAAAAUAUGGAUUCAAAUCGGCUCUGUCGCUGAAGCUGUGGACGCAGCGAAAAGCAAGCACGCACCGGAUGUGCUGGUCGUUCAGGGGGUCGAUGCUGGUGGACACGGUCUCAGGAAGGGCGCAGGUGUUGUUUCGUUGCUGCUGGAGGUCGCGGAUGCACUGCGAGAAAUCGGGUCUGAAAUCCCCCUCGUCGGCGCCGGCGGCAUUGCGGACGGUCGAGGAGUUGCUGCGGUACUAGCUACAGGCGUCGCAGCGGGUGCAGUGAUGGGCACCCGCUUCCUCGCCAGUAACGAGGCCGAGAUCAAAAAGGGAUACCAAGAGGACGUGCUGCGAGUCUCGGACGGCGGCCAAAGCACCAUCCGCACCGAUUUAUUCGACAGACUUCAAGGGAGGGAUGAUUGGCCGGAGCGAUAUGACGGUCGUGCGAUUAUCAAUGGAAGUGUAAGAGAUGAUUUGGCGGGGAUGGAUUUGAAGGAGAACAAACAGAUCUUCCAGGAACAAAUGAAGAACGGGUCGAUUGGAUGGGGAGAGCAUGGGAGAAUGACGGCGUAUGUAGGGAGUGCUGUAGGGCUGGUGCGGACGGUGGAUUCGGCGCAAGAGAUUGUUGAACAGUGCAGAGCAGAGGCCAAACAAGCUUUGCUGCAUGCCGUGGAUGGACUUGAGAUUUGA